GCGAUCCCGGGAGGCAGGAGGGGGCUGGGGGUUGACGUGAGUGCAGAGGGAGGGUCUUCGCCCGCCCCCGGGCCCGUUUCCGGAGCCAGCGAUGGAGCUUUGUGGAGAGGCAGGCGGCGAGGCCGGUCGGCAGUGAUGACAUCAUCGUGUCACAAACAGGAGCCGGGCCGCCCGAGGGUUUAAGAGGAGAGGAAGGUUCUUUCGGACCACAUAGCGCUGGCGCUCCCUCUCGCGCGCCCCUGCCGAGCUGCGCCGCCGGCCACCCUCGCACGCACACCUCCGCGCGCCCGGCCACCCGCGCGCACUCUCUAGGCGCGCGCUCCCCGGGCUCUGGCCCCAGCCGCGAGCUGCAGCUCCCCGCCGCCGCCACCACGGAUGCCAGCAGCUGCUGCCAUCUGCAGUGCAGCAGCCCCGGCCGCCGGCCGGCCCGCCCCGGGCUCCCGGCUGGAGGAAUCGCGCCAGAACGCUGGCCCUGCUCGCGGCUAGCCUGCACGCCAGGGCGCAGCGAGGAUGGGAGGGUCGCAGUCUCUGCAGCCACUCCCAGCCAGCGACUCGAACCUGGAGGCUUCCGAGGCAAUGAGUUCUGACUCUGAAGAAGCAUUCGAGACUCCGGAGUCAACAACGCCUGUCAAAGCUCCCCCAGCCCCACCUCCCCCUCCCCCUGAAGUCGUCCCGGAACCAGAGGUCAGCGCCCAGACACCCCCGGAAGAGCCAGGAUGUGGCUCUGAGACGGUCCCCAUCUCCGAUGGCCCUCGCAGCGAGCCGGUGGAAGGACACCCUUUCCGUCCCCCAUCACACUCCUUCUCUGCCGUCUUUGAUGAAGACAAGCCAAUCGCCAGCAGCGGCACGUACAACUUAGACUUUGACAACAUCGAACUGGUGGACAAUUUCCAGACCCUGGAGCCUCGCUGCUCAGACUCCAAGGAUCAGGAAUGCAGAGUGAGUGCACGGAGGAAGUCCACAGACUCCGUCCCCAUCUCCAAGUCGACGUUGUCCCGCUCACUCAGCCUGCAAGCUGGCGACUUUGAUGGUGCUUCCUGCUCAGGCAGUCCCGAGGCGGCGACUGUCGCCCCAGAUGCACACAGCACGGGCUCGAGCAGUGCCUCCAGUACCCUUAAAAGAACUAAAAAACCGAGGCCGCCUUCCUUAAAAAAGAAACAGAGCGCUAAGAAAUCCACAGAAACCCCUCCAGUGAAGGAGACACAGCAGGAGCCAGCCGAAGAGAGUCUUGCCCCCAGGGAGGGGAGUCCAGCAUCCGAGACAAACACGGAGCCAGCCAAGGCAGAAGGUUCUGGAACAGCCUUAUCGGAGGAGACACCCCUAGAACCUGCUGCUGUGCCCAAAGCUGCCUGCCCCCUGGACUCAGAACGUGCAGAGGGGGCCGUCCCCCAAGCUUCUGGAGGUGGACGAGUGCAGAACUCACCCCCGGUUGGAAGGAAAACGUUGCCUCCUGCCACGGUCCCGGAGGCCGUGGAGGUGACCCCGUCAGACAGUGGGGGGCAAGAGGACUCCCCAGCCAGAGGGCUCUCAGUGAGGCUGGAGUUUGACUAUUCUGAGGACAAGGGUAGUUGGGACAACGAGCAGGAAACCCCCCCUCCUACCAAAAAGAUAGGCAAAAAGCCAGUUGCCAAAAUGCCCCUAAGGAGGCCAAAGAUGAAAAAAACACCCGAGAAACUCGACAACACUCCUGCCUCACCUACCAGGUCCCCCGUUGAGCCCAAUGACAUACCCAUUGCUAAAGGUACCUACACCUUUGAUAUUGACAAGUGGGAUGACCCCAAUUUUAACCCUUUUUCUUCCACCUCAAAAAUUCAGGAGUCUCCCACCCUGCCCCAGCAAUCAUACAGCUUUGACCCCAACACCUGUGACGAGUCCAUUGACCCCUUUAAGACGUCCUCCAAGACCCCUAGCUCGCCUUCUAAGUCCCCAGCCUCCUUUGAGAUCCCAGCCAGUGCCAUGGACGCCAAUGGAGUGGACGGGGACGGGCUCAACAAGCCCGCCAAGAAGAAGAAGACGCCUCUCAAGACUGACACAUUUAGGGUGAAAAAGUCGCCAAAACGGUCUCCUCUCUCUGAUCCGCCUUCUCAGGACCCCACUCCAGCGGUGACCCCAGAAAGCCCACCAGUGAUCUCGGCAGUGGUCCACGCAACCGAUGAGGAAAAGCUGGCAGUCACCAGCCAGAAGUGGGCGUGCAUGACGGUUGACCUGGAGGCCGAUAAGCAGGACUACCCCCAGCCCUCAGAUCUGUCCACUUUCGUCAACGAGUCCAAGUUCAGUUCACCCACAGAGGAGUUGGAUUACAGAAACUCCUAUGAAAUCGAAUAUAUGGAGAAAAUCGGCACCUCCUUACCUCAUGACGAUGACGCACCGAAGAAGCAGGCUUUGUACCUGAUGUUUGACGCUUCUCAGGAGAGCCCCAUCAAGUCUCCUGUCCGGAUGUCGGACUCCCCGACGCCGUGUUCAGGAUCAAGUUUUGAGGAGACUGAGGCCCUUUUGAAUGCUGGGGCCAAAAUCCAGCAUCCCAUCCCACGAGGGCUGGCCCCCAACCAAGAGCCACACUUGCAGGUGCCAGAGAAGUCCACGCAGAAAGAGCUGGAGGUCAUGGCCUUGGGGACCGCUUCUGACCCGAUUGAAAUUACAGCUCCGGAGGGCUCCUUUGUUUCUGCUGAUGCCCUGCUCAGCAGGCUGGCUCAUCCAGCCUCUCUCUGUGGUGCGCUUGACUACCUGGAGCCCGACUUAGCAGAAAAGAACCCCCCAGUAUUUGCUCAGAAACUUCAGGAGGAGUUAGAGUUUGCCAUCAUGAGGAUAGAAGCCCUGAAGCUGGCCAGGCAGAUUGCCCUGGCUUCCCGCAGCCGCCAAGACGCCAAGAGAGAAGCUGCUCACCCAACAGAUGUCUCCAUAUCCAAAACAGCCUUAUACUCCCGCAUCGGGACCUCUGAGGCGGAGAAAGCCCCAGGCCUUCUGUACCCACAGCCCGACUUGGACUCUGCAUUGCAGAUCGCCAGGGCAGAGAUCAUAACGAAGGAGAGAGAGGUCGCAGAGUGGAAAGAUAAAUAUGAAGAAAGCAGGAGGGAAGUGAUGGAAAUGAGGAAAAUAGUGGCCGAGUACGAGAAGACCAUCGCUCAGAUGAUAGAGGACGAGCAGCGGGAGAAGUCCGUCUCCCACCACACCGUCCAGCAGCUGGUCGUGGAGAAGGAGCAGGCCCUGGCCGACCUGAACUCCGUGGAGAAAUCGCUGGCCGACCUUUUCAGGAGAUACGAGAAGAUGAAAGAGGUCCUGGAGGGCUUUCGUAAGAAUGAAGAGGUGCUGAAGAAGUGUGCCCAGGAGUACCUGUCCCGAGUGAAGAAAGAGGAGCAGAGGUACCAGGCCCUGAAGGUGCACGCCGAGGAGAAAUUGGACAGAGCCAAUGCCGAGAUCGCCCAGGUCCGAGGCAAGGCGCAGCAAGAGCAGGCCGCCUACCAGGCCAGCCUGCGGAAGGAGCAGCUACGCGUGGACGCGCUGGAGAGGACGCUGGAGCAGAAGAAUAAAGAGAUAGAAGAACUCACCAAGAUUUGUGACGAGCUGAUUGCCAAAAUGGGGAAAAGCUAACUUUGAACCAAAUGUCUGGACUUGACCGUUGGGUGCAAUAUGACCGUCGGCACACUGCUGUCCUCCCGGAUACACGGACAGGCCGUUUGACUUUUUCGUAUGCACUACUGUAUUUCCUUUCUAAAUGACAUUGAUUUGAUUGUAUGCAGUACUAAGGAGACUAUCAGAAUUUCUUGCUAUUGGUUUGCAUUUCCCUAGUAUAAAUUCAUAGCAAGUUGACCUCAGAGUUCCUGUAUCAGGGAGAUUGUCUGAUUCUCUAAUAAAAGACACAUUGCUGACCUUGGCUUUGCCCUUUGUAUCCGAGUUCCCAGGGUGAGCAGCUUUUGGACUGAAUAUUAUAAACGUGUACAGCUUGCACAGGGACUCUUGCCUUAAGGAGUGUAAACUUAAUCGGCGUUUGACGAUUUGUUUAAAAAAAAAAAAAAGGAAAGAAAAGAAAAUGCAUGUUUCAAAUAAAAUCUCUAUUGUAAAUAAAUUUUUUUUCCUUUGGAUCUUGGCAAUAA